UCCCCAUCACCAAGCCGUUCUUCGUCUCGAGGAGCUCUUUCGAACGCAUCCGCACCCGCCGUACAACAGCUGCAGCCGCAACACCUGACUGCGCAGCUACUCCGGUCGUGGGGAAGCGCGAGCUCCAUGUCGAGCUUGAUGAAGGCAGGACUGCCCCCAGCGGCCACGAGCUCCAGGUCAAUGAAACGCGGUGCGCACGGCGGGUCCUCCUAUCCUGCUAGUCCGUGUAGCCUCUCGGCCUUCGGCAGUAUGAACUCCAUGGUCGACUUUGCUGUGGACGAAGACAAGCCUUGCGACUUUCCCUACGCUCCCACGCCCGAGAGCGUGCUCUGCGGGUGGUCCCCCCGAAGCGCCGCCAGCGGCGGGGGCGGGGCGGCGAGGACCAGCAGCGGAGGUGGUGGCACAACAACAACUGCUGUCGGAUUCGGAAUGGGGCCGCCGGGCGGCAGUAGAGCUGCGCCUGCCGGGCCGUCGUCGGGGUGGAGCUUUUGUGGUGCGUCCCACGACGACCAGAUGCUUGCCGGAUUAAACACGACCGGAAAAGAACCAGGAGGCGACGGAGGUGGUUCUUCUUCUUUCGGGCAGCAGCCGGCGCAAUAUCAAGACAGUGGUCAAGACACCUACGUAGUUCAGGAUCAUUUCAUGACCUGGGACGAUCUGGAGAACGACUUGUUUCCCGGGCCUGACGGCUCCGUGACGGUACAGAAUGUUGCUGGUGCAGCUCCUCCUACUACUUCGUGCUCGUCCUGUAGUAGAGCGGGGAUGAGCCAAUCGCCCGCUUCUCCAAAUGGUGGUGGCGCGCUUCCUAGUACUGCACACCCACAAGGUCUAAUUUCCCCGAUGUUGAUCCAGGGACCCACGCCUCCGCGACAUGAAGUAGAAGUUGUGCAGAACCGCGCGGCGGGAGCUUUUCAUCCUGAGCAGGUGCCAGCAAUGGCUGCAGCAGAGGGGUACAACUAUAGUGGUCAACAUCAAUUUCACUAUGCUCCUUUUGUUCCGGAAAAUCAACAACAAGGGGGACAACAUUUUGCUCCUUUGCAGGAGCCGCAGCUAAUCCAGUCGCCCGGCAGCUCCUUCAAUUACACGACAGCUCUCCAGCCGCCGCCAGGCUUAGCUGCACUGGGUCCAAAUGAAAAUAAUGCAGGGUGCAACUGCUGGAUCUGAUUCUUGUCCUGGGCGCCGGGGGCCGGCUCCUACGACCAAGGGGAAUGGCAACGCAACGGCGACCACUGCGCGACAGCAAAGAAGAACCUCUGGGUCCUCCUGCGAGGACACGACCGGUGCAGCUGGGGCGCACAAGAAUCGUCCCAGCCGCGCCAGUGGUGCUGGAAGCGAUGAGCGCCCCGGAGCUGCACCAGAAGAUCAGCAUGAUUUUCAACAAUCGCCAGACGAACUAGCCAAGCCACACAUCUUCUGCUGGAACGCGUUGCGGAUGCCCUACUACUCGCUCCGGGGGUACAGACACGAAGUCGGCGAAAGCGUGUGGUCGGUGCGUGGUAGUGCUCUGCGUAGUUUCUCCAGCCGCGCCCCGCGAGGAGGAUCAUCAGGGCUCAUCAACAAAACUACAAAGACAAAAACUACUACUACGAUCCAUCGUUCUCAUAGUUUCGCGGCCCACGAACACGAUGCUGGUAGAAGGAAAAGUUGGCAGCUCUCUACCUCGCACGCUUCGACGGUACAACAGCCGCACUCGCAGUCGCGCCCGCAAAGUCGAAUCGCGGACUGGAACUGCCGUCCUCAUCUCGGGGCUCAAGGUCAUUCCAGUUCUACUGCAGCGCCGCCACCGCCAAUGUCAUCUUCAAUUUCCGCUUCUGGUCUCGGUGCUGGCACCGCGGCUCGAGGGUCACAUCAUCAAGAUCAGGCUCAGCAUGUUGACACACCCCUCCUGCAACAACGUGGGGACAGCGACCCUGCUGUGCUCCUGAAUGCCGACGCAACUGCAGUGGAUGCUGACUCGGCUCAUCAUCAGGGAUAUUCUGACACGGGUCGUGUUUCCCUCGAACAAUUAUCGGAUGCUGGCGUACAUCAUUCACAAUCGGUCCCGGGGGUUGAAGCACAAGGGCGUCACAUUUUGACCGAUGAAAGUGAAGAAAGUAGAGAUCCGGAAGAAGAUGAUCUGCAUAAGAGCGAUGAUGAGUACCAGCUGCAAGAGGGAGAGACUCUUCAACCAGCAGAUGAAAGAUCACCCCGACGACGAGGCGGUCGUGGUGGUGGCACGACAAACAGCACAGCUUCGAAAAAAAGUCGUCGGGGAGUGCGCGGAAAAAGACGCGGGCAGCCGGGACGAGGCGCGGCACAACAGGAUGAAAACUACGAACAGGAAGUACCCGACGCAACUCGAGAUCCGCGCUUUGUGGAUUGAGAAGUGGUGCACCGAGACCGAACAAAACGAGUGUUGAGGUUUGUGCUCUAUUGGAUCUUAUUCAGAGCACCUUUUGCUUCAAAAUACUAAAAUGUAAAUGUUUUUGUAGGCAUCACCAAAGACGAAAAUGAUAUAUGAAUCCGGUACAUUAUUACUAAAACACAACGACGCAAACAUAGCACGACGGUAUUCGUAUUGAAGAUUUUCAUUUUCCAGCUCGACCUGUGCAGCUCUAAACUUUUGAAACAUCGAGAUUAUGAGGCUAUCCUUACUAUCGGCAUUGACAGGAGACGACUACUAGUUCUUGGGAAUGAUUGAUUUUCAUUUCCUGCACGCAUUGUUAUAGUACACCCACACCAUCGCACUGCGGACCUCGAGGCUCGACUCCGAUACCUUGUUACCGAUAACUUCACCGUCGUCACCACGACCGAAGGAACACUUGUCCAGAAGACAAUACACACUUUUAUGCGAUGUUCUGCUUUUGACUAGUAAAGUACAGCAAGCCAAUUUAUUUUAUUUGUCGGUGCACCUGCGGCGCACGUUCACAUUCACAGCCAUGAGCAUGAGUCAUGUUUCUGCAGCUUUAGUGCCCGAUAUUACCGCUAGUUCCUUCUACCGCAGAUAUUCCUCUACUAACAUCCACAUCUAUUCGUUUCAACCUUGUGAUUGUGUGAAGAACGUUAGAUCAGCAGAAGAAGCAUUUUAUUCUCUUGAGACCGAUAAAAAGGGAUACAACACGAAAUGAAGGACCAUCGAGCAAACUGCAAGACGCACACGCAUUCCUAAAUAUAGAGACAGACGCAGAAGUGCCGCGCAUCUACUUAUGACGUUCCUACGCCUUCAAAUCGAUUUUGCUUGGAAAGAUUUAGUGACGACUACGCCCAAGCUAGUGAGUCCCGCUAUUUGUCGUCCCUGUUAGGCUUGGUGGACACUCGGAACGUCUGAUAGGAGCGGCAGGACGAUGAAGCGAUAUUCUAAGUAUCCCCGAUGAAGCGCAUGUAGCGUUGCCAUUGCGCUUGCCUCGACAAGAAAUGUAAAUGCAUGCGCUCCAGAGCGCAGAACUCCAACUCUAUCUCUAUGUUCCCGAGCGUCUUCGGCCUCCACAUGUCUACCAGGAUAGAUUUUUUCCUGUUCUUUUUGUUUGUCGCCGCGAAGCGGCGGAUUCACAUCAACGAACAAGAUUAUAUCGAGAUCGACAUAUAACGAUUAUUGCUCGUUUUCUUGUUGAAACACCCGAGGGAAAGGAGUGAAACUACAAGCUUGAUUUUUUUUGUCCUCUUGACCGGCGUCGC